AUGGCCACUGAUCUGCAUAAGCCUGAUCCUGUGCCACGGCCUCGUAGGCUGGCACGAAAACGAGACGUUGAUGAACUGAGCCAACUUACCUCUGGCACGCUCACCGUGACUGUUGCCCCAGAUCCAACCUGUGGGUUCACCAAUAAUGAUGAAGCUGUCUGGGUAUGCCCCGGUGGCCGGCCUUGCACCUGGGAAAAGGGCCAGAUCAACCGUUUCUGGUGCGCUUGGCAACAAAUCUACACCACUUGUUUAGACAGCACCGCCAUCUUUGACCCCGCCAUUUGCAACAGCGAAUGCCGUACAAAUACGCGCAAUGCCAUUGCUGGAUGCCCGUCGUCUGAAAAACCUUUUUGUGUCACACUCGAGCUUGGCAACGGAAUCUUUUCCUAUGGGUGCAAUACAAUAUCAGUUGAUGAAAGCUUUGAAUUUGAUAGCACAAGCUUUCGGCAAUCUCGGAACUUCAGUACCGUGGUUUUCGUUGAUGGGGUUUCCGAGACGCAAUGGAUCACUGAUGGACCAGCGCCAUCAAAGAUGGAAACAACACCAACCCAGAGCGGAUCAAGUAUGACUGCUUCUGCUACAGUAGAGGCGUCAAGCUCCUCCACUCAAAUAUCUACCUCUGCAACAUCCAUCCCUGGAGACAGUCCCAACGUGGGCGUGAUUGUUGGUGGUGUAGUCGGCGGUCUAGGCGUCAUUGGUCUCGUUGCCUUGGGACUAUUUGGGCUCAUACUUCUACGUCGCCGAAGAGGUAAUAUGGCUGCUCCCUCUGAGUAUACACCUGGCUUGGCACAACAACCUCACAGUCCAUCAAAGCACGCAUUCCUACGCGGCGCCGGUUCAAUCAAAUGGUCCAACCCCUCAACUAUCCCCCUCAACCUCUUCCCCUCUCAAUAA